UGCAAUCUAGUGCAGUUAGGAUUGUGUAAUAGAUUUAGAUAACUUAAUUAAUUAAGAUUAUCAAUACUUAAGUACAGAACAGUUAGUGUAUUUUUUUUUUUUUCAUACUUUCACAAUUUAUUUUUUGAUAUUCUGUGGAGUUGCAAAUAAUUGAUUGAGAAAAAAUAGGGUUACCGAUGAAAAGAGACAUCUUUCACCCAAAACAAAAAAAAGGAAAAUUGAAAAGAGAUAUCAAAAUGUUGAAAAGGGCCAACGGCGGACGGUGAUAGCGGGUUGUUUUAAGUCAUAAAGAUGUCCGGAAAAGAGUGAUAGUACGGCAGCCGUUGGAUUCCACUAAACCUGAAGAUCAGACCAAAGAUCCAUCCGCAAAGAUCACGGUUGCCGACAAACGUUGUGGCACCGUGGAAGAAGGCUUACAUUACAUGGGUCCAGUCCUGGACCUUCUUUUUCUUUGGAGUUCCCUGGUUUUUCUCGUUUCUUUUGUCCUUAUCGAAAAUGUCUAAAAUUUAAUGACGUGAUGGUUCAUUGAAAUGGUUCAAUUUUUUUUCAUCAUUUAUUAUUGGAAGAAAAAUAUUUUGCCGGCAUCUUAUCCUACGCAUCAAAUGAUAUGCAUCAGAGAAUAUUAGAAAAGCCCAUUAAAUAUGUCAUUUAAAUUUAAGCUCUAUUAUCUUCUUUGACCAGACCAUGGUGAAUAUUAACCAGAAACACCAGCAAGAUAGUACAAGCCACCAAGAGAGACUUUAUGUAAAAAUUAGGUCCCCAAGCAAACAGGACACAAAUUAAAAGAUACGUCUGAUGCUAAAUAGAAUAAUAAUAAUAAUAUUAAAAUAUUUCAGGACUACUGCUGAAUGCUUGACUUCAUAAAAUCCAGCAAUUCUAAAAUCCAAUAAGGGGGCUACAAACGCCAAAAGGAACGCGCACAUCAGUCAGAUCUUUCUAUAGUUUAAUUGAGUCAAGGUCAGGCUACUCAUCAUGAUUUCUCUAGCAGUUGCAUACCAAAAUUGUAUGUCUAUUUGUCAUUAUUCAGCCAAAGUUGUGUUUUAGAUAGAAUUCUGCCAUAUCAGUAUCAUGAAUGGAUGGUUGCAUUUGCAUAUCAUUAAGAAAAGAAUUGGGUAAUCUUAUUCUCCAAUCCUUUCUCUUAUAUUUUAACUUAGUUUUGGUUGCCACUGGCUUUCUCUAAACUGGAAUUUCCUUAAUAGUUCAUCUAUUUGCCUAGGGUGGUGAAACACUUCACAGAAACAAACCUUUGGUACCCCAAACCAUGAACAACUGAAAAUCCAAAGAUUACCCCAUUCUUGUUUGCCUUCAUUUGAUUACUUAUAUAAUUAUUAUAGGGUUUUUCUAACCUGUGCCUUAAGGGCACAAGUUAAGAGUUUUGAAAAAAUAAACAGUCACAUUUAAU